CAGUUGCUUCACAAACGGAAAGUUCCCCUCCCUAUUUCCGAUUGGACUUCUAUAUUUAGGAAAGCUCUCUUUGCUUUAUAAAGAGAUCUCGCCCAGUUCUCAGAGCACGACAAAAGGUAGUUGACACUGAAGCCGGUUUUUCUGUCGAUUCUUUGUGGACUUCGACCAUGGGGAAGGAGACGCAAAUGGCGGUCGACAUCCGCAAGAAACUUGUCGUGGUGGGCGACGGCGCAUGCGGUAAAACGUGUCUACUCAUCGUGUUCAGCAAAGACGAAUUCCCCGAGGUGUACGUACCGACCGUUUUCGAAACCUACGUGGCGGAUAUCGAGGUGGACACCAAGCAGGUCCAACUGGCCCUGUGGGACACCGCGGGCCAAGAGGACUACGACAGGCUGCGGCCGCUUUCCUACCCGGACACAGACGUCAUUUUGAUGUGCUUCUCCGUGGACAGCCCGGACUCGCUGGAAAACAUCCCGGAGAAGUGGGUACCCGAGGUAAAACACUUCUGCCCUAACGUGCCCAUCAUUCUGGUGGCCAACAAGAAGGAUCUACGCAACGACGAGAACGUCAAGAACGAGUUGUCCCGACUCAAGCUGGAGCCGGUGAGGCCCGACGACGGCCGAGCUAUGGCCAUGCGUAUCGGCGCACACGACUAUUUGGAGUGCUCGGCCAGGACGAAAGAAGGCAUCUGGGAGGUGUUCGAGACCGCAGCUAGGGCAGCUUUGCAAAAACAAAAGUCCCGGAGGCCGAGUUUUCUCAAACGAUGCGUUUUGAUGUGACUGGCAGGUGCCAUGCCAGGGACUCGCCUAGACGGAAGGCCCGUUCGGGCAGUGCCGCGCCCUUACAAAGCGUGGCCUAAAAAAGACUACUGGCUCCGAAGACGUUCUCUUGGCCACGCAAUCGUCUGUUAAUGCUGCAGGGAGUGGUUUGGACAGGAUCGAGGCUUUUAUGUGCUGAAAAACUACCUUUUAUUUGCCCUUAUUACUCACCGGUUGCGUUCAAAUAAGAGUAAUAGAGUCACUUGUGAUUCACAGAUUAGAGCUCCUCAAAGGUCUGUAUUUAGACCACUAACUUUUUCUGCUAACAAUUGAAAAUACACACAAAAAAACAACAGUGCGUAUCUGUUAAAAAUUGAAGCAGUAAUCUUUUGCACAUAUGUCCACUUGUUAUUGUUAAACAAGUGUCUUUAAAUUAAUAAGUUGCACAGCAUUCUACCCAGUAAUGUUUUGUUUGGUAUCAAAUGAUGCACUAUAAUAGUGUUCUUUUAGAAAUGGGCACGGAACAAAAGUUUCACUUUUGGGGAAAAUGAAUAAUUGUUGGUCAUUUUUACUAGAGCUGUACAGGAAUGCUGCAGAAUGUAAAAGGUAAAAAAAAAAAAUAGUAUGGCCUAGCUUUCAAGACCAUGUGUAGUAUGUUCUCAGUCCAUAUUGUACCACCGAAAUGUAAUAUUUUGGACUCAGGACCAACAAUGCAGUCCAGUGCAAUUUUUGCAGUUGUUAAUGAAAAUGGGCUACAUUCUUUUUAUGUCAUUCAGGUACAUUUUAAGCAUAUUUUUCUCGUCACUGGUGUGUUGGGAGGGCUGAGUCUAAAUAGAAAACCAUUGUUGGAGCCAAGCAUUAAGAGUACUGACUAUUGAAUGUAUCUCCUUGUUGUGGACAAACAAUACAAUGUGUGCCAUGCUUUUCGGUUACUAUGUCUUGAGUUGAUCAUUUUGGCAAAUCACUGUUGACUAUAAAAUGUGUAACUUUGUUUUUACAAGGUAAUAGGGGUGCUUGUUUAAGAUGGAUAUUCUGAAAGAAUUAGAGCAUUCAAUAAUUGUCCCAUUUUU